CACAAUGUGGAUUCCUGGAACGCAAUGCUGGCGGCGCUCCUCCACGGCGGGGGAUCUCUCGACGCGAUCGAUCUCUUCUUCGCGCUCCCAGCGAUGGCUAUCGAUCCCAGCGACACUUCCUUCAGCUGCGUCCUCGCGGCGUGCAGCCGGGUUGGAGAUUUCAGUCGCGCCAGGGCGUGCUUCCGGUCGAUGAGCGUGGAUUACGCGCUCCAGCCGACGAGGCAGCACCACUGCUGCGUGAUCGAUGCGCUGGGCCGCGCGAAAUACGUCGCGAGCGCGAGGGAUCUGCUGGAGAGCAUGCCGUUUGUGCCGGAUCCACUGGAUUGGCGGUGUCUGGCAGGCGCGAUUGCGAUAAUCUAAGGAUCCAGGUGCCUGGCAGGCGCGAUUGCGAUGAUCUAAGGCUCUGGGAAAUCUCAGGGAGGAGAGUUUAGGGUUCUAUCGAAAUUAGGUCCGUGGCGAUGGCGUCCAUGGCGCCGGACACGCAGCAAGAGCUCUUCUCGGAGCCGGAGUUCGAGGGCGACGAAGGUCAGAUCAUGUCCGCCAUAGUCGUCGACCCGGAGCCAUUCGUCUCCACGCAGUUCUACACAUUCAAUCGCGCGUCACACCAACUCAUGGUCCAGUGCGUGCUCGCCAAGCGCUACGCCCACCCGGAGGAGAUCAAGCUCGCCACCCCGACCUCCAUUCUCUCCUCCUGGCGAGCGGUGUGGAAGGACCGGCACGAGGACACGGCAUAUCAAACCGGGUGGAAGAGGAUCCAGGACAAGCUCCACGCGCAGGUGGACGAGCACGGCAACGAGCUCCUCUACUUCAAGAGCAAUCCUCAGCAGUUCGUCCCCUACAUCGACCAGUGGCAGGAGAUCGUCCAGGGCUUCCACGCCGACGCGGAUCUCAAGCACCUGGGAUUGAAAGACACCAUCGACCGGAUCAAGCAGGUGUGGACGGUGGGUGCCAAGUUCUACGGCAUUCCAGAGUCGUACGUGAGAGUUUGCGUCUCGGCCUGCCCGGUUUGCAACUCGGAGGGCGAUCACAAUGGCCUCCACAAGAGGAGGAGGUUCGAGUACACCGAGACGAUGGAGCUCCUCGCCAAGGACGUGCCGCACCGGCUCCAGCAGCUCGCCGCCAAGUACAAGGUGAUACUUUGCAUCCGCCAGAAGUACAUCCGCUACAAGCCGUUUCUAGCCGAGGUGAAGGACUACUGCUGCCACCGCGCCGGCGAGCCAAACGUGAAGAAGACCGGGAAGAAGAAGACCAACAACAAGUUCAUCUCCAAUCGCUGCGGCUGCGGCUUUCGCAUCCGGGCGAUCGUUCCCAUCACGAACUACAGCUACAAGGACAAGAGUUUCACGUACCAGGAGGAAGGGUCCGCGACGUUCAAGCUGUAUCCUGUCCACUCGGGGCAUGAUCCCGGCCCGCAGGAGUCCACCGGGAUGGUGAUAAACCAGCUGAUCGAUUCGACCAACAUGACGGAGGUGUCGGGGUUGCUGCUGGAGAAGGUGACGGAGGAAGCGCAUGCGUCGGCUCUAAGGAAAGUUCGUGAGCUGCGAGCGGAGCUGGCUUCUCUCGAGGGAAGGAUCACGCGGAUACCUUUCGAGUCGCUCGGUAGCAUCGGGCAGGAGCUCCAGAGCGUGAGCCUCAAGCUCAAGGCUUCGAUGAGCUCGGACAGGGGGGACGACAGGCUUGCGAUCGUGCCUGUGUUUGACGCAUGGCAGGAAAGCCUGGGGAAGGAUAAGCCAGAGUUUGCAAGCGACGUGAUGGAUUCGCUCCAGAAACGAAGAAAGGCUGCGAAGAAGAUCGUCCACAACAAGAGCCCGACGAAAGCUCCCUCGCCGCCGGCUUACGAGCAGAGGCCCAAGGAGUGUGGAGCGCUGAGCGAGGCGGAUGAUAGCUCGCUCGCGGGGAUGCCCGUGGAUGGCUUCUAUCCAGACGCGGAGAAGUGGUACGUGGACCAGGGGCCCGACUGCGCGGACGACUUGGCGCACAGGAGCUUUCGCCACUCCAUCGCUUGACACUGGCAGUGUGUGAUCAUUCACUCGAUCGAGCACGGCCGGGGAUGGAAGCUCUGGAAGUUUGGAGAGCGCGAAAACUUCUUCUAAGUUCCUUUUCCAGAGUUCGAGCUUGGAUGGCGCGAAACUACGAUCGUGGAAUACAUAUUCGUCCAAACAAACUUUUGGAAGAUAACCUCUUCUAGGCAUUCUUGCCAAUGAUUGCGAGCUUCUUUUCUUUCAGAGGAAAGAUCUGCCAAGCUCGUCCAUCCACCAGAGGUCUAGCUCUUUGAAAUCAUCGAUCGACUAUUUUGUCUUUGCAUUA